AUGAAUCAGAACACCAUGUCCUACUUAAAGGUGAACAAGUGCUCAAACGAGGACAGUCUUAAGAUGAUCCUGUUGUGGGUCACACUUCUUCUCCUUCAUCAAGGAUGUGCUUUGGUUCCAGUGAUCACAGUUCAUCUUGGUGAAGCAGUAACCCUUACAUGUGAUUUGCAUGAUGGUGGAUUCAGACGUGGUAAACUCUUCUGGUACAGGCAAACUGUGGGAAAUACUCUUAAACUAGUUGGAACAUUUGUGAGUACGGACCCCACGUACGGACCAGAUUAUUCUGACUCAAGAAUUAAAAUUGUACGUACUGACAAGAUGAGCAACCUGACUAUUUUAAAAACCAUUCAAGAAGAUGAAGGAAUGUAUCACUGUGCUCUCACCGACUGGAAUGAAAAUAUUUGGCAUGGCACCUACUUGUUAAUAAAAGGACACAAUGUCGGAACAUCAAACUACAGAGUCGUUCAGAGCUUGACACCUUCAGAUUCCCUACGUGCAAAGGAAUAUGUAACUCUACAGUGUUCUGUCCUCUCGGACUUAGACAGCAAGACGUGUUCAGAAGAUCUCAGUGUCUUCUGGUUCAGAUCAAAUUCAUCUGACACAGAUAUCAUCUUUAUUGAUGGAAACAAAACAAACAGAUGUCAGAAGAAAACAGACUAUCAGACUACAUGUGUAUAUAACUUCUCUAAGAACGUCAGCUCCUCUGAUGCUGGGACAUAUUAUUGUGCCGUGGCCACAUGUGGAGAGAUUUUAUUUGGAAAUGGGACCAAGCUAGAAGCUGAGCCAACAGCAGAUGCUGAAAUUCCUGUAUUGGUGAUAACUGUAUCCUGUUUGAUUAUUUCUCUGAUCAUAAAUAUUGUUUUCAUCUGUCUCAAAACUCCAAGAGCAGCAUGCAAACAAUUUGAAGAAGGCACCUCUUCACAACAAAGAAUGAUGAACUUCAGUCAGCAAGAUAAUCAUACUAAUGAAGAUGGGCAGGAUCUAAACUAUGCUGCGCUGCACUUGUCUGCUGGAAAAGCUAGAAGAGGGAAAAAAAUGAAUGCGAUGGAGGACAGUGUGUAUUCCCAUAUUAAAAUCUGAAACUGUACUCAGGUGUGGGAUGGGUUAAAAAGCUAACCACUA